GUCCUUUGCAUGGCAGUGGGCCAAUAAGGGGUUAAUCCCCCGCCGGAAGGCGGCACAGGAAGUACAAUAAAAGUCCAUCCGGGUCCCCCCGCGCCCAUCUCAAUUUUCCUGUCGAAGAUACCCCCCAUACCAGAGGUGCUACUCUCUCCCUCUGAAUCGCCUGGGACCGAGGUUUUUACCUUGUGUGUGUUCCAGGGGAAGCCGGCGGGCUUCUGGCCUUUGUUGCCGAUGGCGCAAUCAGCCGCAAUGCUGCCUUAACGGAGGUAGCGCAUGCGCGAUAAGACGCCAGCGCCCAUCUCUCUAAUGGCGCCUACGUUUUCACGCUGCGAAUUCACGCACGCGCCUUUUCGCGCCGGUUUAAAAGGACGAGCGCAUCACAGGUUAGUUCCUCUUAUGAUUUCAAACGAACUGGCUGGUGUUCAUUUCUGGCAAGACAAGACUGAGGAAUCUGUGUGCACCUGUAUUCUCGAUUGAUCCCAGGUACUGUCAAUUAUGAGCUGCAGACGCUCAGGCUCCAGGGGGAGUCCCCCAUUAAGAGAGGAAUCUCAAAGAAGGAAGACUCCCAGAACUGAUUGUAUUGCAUGCGGAGAAGCAGCAAUUCUAGGCAAAAGGCUCUGUGAGAAGUGUCUGCAGGAAGUGGCUGGGCCCUCCUCUGAUCAACUGCACUCUAUUAAAGACUGGAUGCAGACUACCAUAAAAAAAUCUAUGAGUGAUAUGGUCAAUGUAGUUACUGAGAAAGUACUACACAAUCUAGAUGAAAGACACAAGGCGCCCUCCUCUAUGACUGAGGUCAGUGACAGACCUCACAGGAACACGCACUACUCCAGUGUUUCUGAAGGGGAGCUAUCUUUAACCGAUCAAGAAGAAGAAGAACAGUCUGAAGAUACCUGUUCUUUCAACCUUGAAUACCUAGAGCCACUCAUCAAAGCAAUGAGAUUUUCUCUGGAACUUGACAAUACUGAGGAUACUCCUAAACAUGACAAAAUGUUCAGAUCAGCGGUCAAAAAAGGAGAAAAAUUCCCGGUACACAGAGUCAUUAAAGAAACCAUUUUAGAGGAAUGGAAGACGCCAGAUAAAAAACUUAAUUUCUCCAGAAGACUUAAAAAGAUGUAUCCAUUCGAAGAAGAGGACUCAAAACUCUGGCAAGCCUCCCCUAAGGUGGAUGCGGCCAUCACUAGAGUGGCUCGACGUACUACCUUGCCUGUGGACGAAGGAGUCUCGCUAAAAGAUGCGAUGGAAAGAAGACAAGACAUGACACUCAAAAAAUCGUAUCUAACAUGUGGAAUGUCCAACCAAGCCUCCAUAGCCAUUACCACUCUGGCCAGAGCCAACCACAUUUGGAUAGAAGAACUGGAACAAGCUGUCAAAGCGGGAACAGACAGAAAAAAGCUUAUUGAAAUGAUCCAAGAUGUCAAAACCGCAAACGAAUUCACUACGGAAGCAUCCAUGGAUCUUGUCAGACUCUCGGCCAAAGCUAUGGGCCUUAGUGUGGCGGCCCGUAGAGCUCUCUGGCUGCGCCACUGGCAUGCUGACCCGCAAAGUAAACAUAACCUUUGCUCCCUCCCAUUCGAAGGGUCACUUCUGUUUGGUGAAAGACUCGACAAAAUCAUAUCCAAAGCCUCUGCAGGAAAAUCGGCUUUUCUUCCUCAGGACAAAAGAGACAAGAGGCCCUUUAGAAAAAAUCCCCUGCAGGAGGCCAAACAGUAUAGACCGGGAAAGCCCUUUACUAGGCAACCCUGGAGAAGAACCCAGGGACAAGGGGCACCUGGAAGAAGGGACUUCAAACAGGACAAAAAAUCGGCAUGA